UGUCGAAACACAUCAUCGAUUUUAUCAAUAUACAUUACUCCCACUAUAUAUCUCAUCCACACAAUUAAAGGAAGAACAAUAGAAUAUGGAAGCCCAACAAGUUCUCCCUAUCAUGAAAAGUGGUGAUGGCAACACAAGCUAUGCAAAAAACUCUUCACUUCAAAAAAUGGUUAUUUCAAAAGUGAGAGGCACAGUAGAAAAUGCUGCUUUGGAAGUUUAUUGCAAUAUCUUACCAGAUUGUAUGAGAAUAGCUGAUUUGGGUUGCUCUUCCGGGCCAAACUCCUUGGCUAUUACAUCUUACAUUUUGGAAGCAAUAAUGUCAUCAUCCCAAUUCUUGAGUCAUCAUCAUCAGAAUCCAUUAACAUUCCAAGUGUUCCUCAAUGAUCUUCUCGAAAACGAUUUCAACACCAUAUUUCAAUCGCUUUCGAGCUUCUAUGAGGAUCUGAAGAAGAAGGAGAAGAAGAAUGAAAAACGAGACGAGUUUAUUGAUCCCUUGUGCUUUGUCAUGGCCAUGCCAGGGAGCUUCUAUGGAAGACUUUUCCCUAAUAACUUCAUACAUUUCUUUCACUCUUCUUACAGUUUACAUUGGUUGUCUAAGGUUCCAAAAGGGUUAGUUAGUGAAAGAGGAGAAGCAUAUAACAAAGGAAAUAUUUAUAUUACGAAAAGAAGUCCGGAUGUGGUUGUGAAGGCUUAUUUGGGUCAAUUUGAAGAGGAUUUCACAACCUUUUUAAGGUGUCGUUCAGAAGAAAUUGUGGUUGGUGGAUGCAUGGUACUUACAAUGUUGGGAAGUAUUAUAAGUAAUGAUCCUAAACAUUUGAUGGAAGUAAUGGGAAGAGCCUUCAAUGACAUGGUCUCCGAGGGCAUAAUUGAAGAGAAGAGUUUGGAUAAUUGUAACAUAGCUGUGUAUUGUCCGAGUGGAAAGGAAGUGAGAAAAGUGAUUGAAGAAGAAGGAUCUUUCGAGUUACAAAAGAUGGAAAUGUUUGAACUUGCUUAUGAUGCUGGGUUUAUUAAUAAUGCAAAAAUAAGAGAAACCAAUAAUGAUGAUAAGUACAAUAGAGCAAAGUAUGUGUCGGAUUACAUGAGAGCAGUUUUUGAGUCUAUAUUACAAAAACAUUUUGGAGAAAGUGUCCUUGAUGAUUUUUUCAUGAGGUUCACUCACAAGAUCAUUGAAUCAUCAUUGGCUAAUGAAAAUUGGCCAUACAUAAACUUUGUUAUUUCAUUGACAAAGAAUAAUUAAGCAAG